ACCUUUGCUUCUAUCGUAAUAUACCCAAUGAUUGGCAGUUUUUAGUAAAACUAGUGUAAUCAUGACGGAGCCACUUGUUUCUUUAGCCCAGGGAAAACUAUUAGGAAAAGUUUCAGAAAAUUUAAACGGAGAAAAUUUUUACAGCUUCCAUGGAAUUCCUUACGCUAAACCACCAAUUGAGAAUCUCAGAUUUAAAGCACCACAACCACCAGAGUCAUGGUCAGGAGUACGAGAUGCUACCAAAGAAGGAAGCGAAUGUUGCUCAAGACACAUGAUUUUUCUCAACGUUCUGGGUUCAGAAGAUUGUCUUACUUUAAAUGUUUACACGCCACAUCUUCCGGGAAGCGCAAAUACUGGACCAAAACCUGUAAUGGUUUGGAUACACGGAGGCGCCUUUAAAAGUGGAUCUAGCAAAAGAGAUGUUUAUGGACCAGAAUAUUUAUUAACUGAAGAUAUCGUUUUGGUCACAAUAAAUUAUAGAUUAGGUAUUUUUGGUUUUUUGCAUCUGGAAGAUCCGUCACUGGACAUUCCUGGCAAUGCUGGUCUUAAAGACAUGGUCAUGGCACUUAAAUGGGUUCAAAAGAACAUAAGUAGUUUUUCGGGUGAUCCAAACAAUGUUACGAUCUUUGGAGAAAGCGCUGGAGGUGCCUCUGUUCAUUAUUUGGUACUAUCGCCUGCAGCAAAAGGAUUGUUUCAUAAGGCUAUUGCACAAAGUGGAUGUGCAUUAAACUCUUUUGCUACCGGACGAGAUGACAUUACGUCACACUUAGCGUCCAUAUUGGAAAUGAAAAGUGCCACUGAGCAUGAAAUUUUGCAACGUUUAAUGUCGUUGUCAGGAGAAGAACUCUUUGAGCUAUCUGAGAAAGUCAUUACUUCAUGUGAAGCGCUGAACAACUCUGGAGGAAAACUAGUGUUUGCGCCAGUUGUGGAGCGACCAUCAGCAGAAGCUUUUUUAUCGGAACAACCAAUUAAAAUUUUAAAAUCUGGUAACUAUAACCAAGUACCUAUAAUAUUUGGAUACACCACGACGGAAGGUAUGCUCAUUGAACUGAAGAUUAGACCACGCCAGCCUAGUGCGCCAAAAGAUUUCGAAACCAUUAUUCCUCAUGCUCUGCAAGUAGUUCGAGGUUCCGAAAAUUCAAAAAAUAUUGCAAAGAAAAUAAAAGAAUUUUAUUACGGGCAACCAGAUUCUGAAAAUGUACUAGACAAUUUUUACAAGAUACAUACUGAUAACUACUUUUUCCGAGAUAUCAUGUUUGCCACCCAGCAUCACUCGGUAUACAAUAAGUAUCCUGUUUUUUUAUAUCGAAUGUCUGCAGAUACCAGCUUGAAUAUAUUUAAGAAAAUUGGGAAGAUUUCAGCCCCAGGAGUAUGUCACGGAGAUGAUAUCGGUUACUUGUUUAAAACAAAAGUUUCUCCCCCGCUGAAUCCCGGUAGUGUGGAAGAAUUAUCUGUCAAACGGUUUGUUACAUACUGGACUAAUUUUGCCAAAUACGGGAAUCCGAACUCUAAAGAAUUGUCAGGAAAUCCAGAAUGGAAACCCGUUAAACCAAGUGAAAUUAAUUUCGUUGAUAUAGGAGAAAAAUUAACAGCUAACGUUAACCCAGAAUUUGAUAGAAUGGAAUUUUGGAAAAAUAUUUAUAGUAAUCACCCUUACUCCCUGUAAGAAAUUGUUUCGUGUGAUAAUAUGGCACUUAAUUAACUUAGUCAAACUUUUAAUUCCUUAAAUUAGUUCUUAAUCAAUUGGUACUUAAAAUAAAGAAAUUGUAAUGAAAUAUACCUAAUUACAUAUGAAUGAUAACAAAGUGCA